GGGCGGCCGGUGCACCCCCUCCCGCCGCGCCCCCUCCCCUCUCCCCCCUGCGAUCACUGUCCAUUGGCUUGUCCUGCUCUCUUUUUCAUGUCCAGCCCCUGAUGAGUGUCCAUUGGUGUUGCCUUCGCCUUCCCUCCUCCCCUCUCCCCGGCUUGCCCUGCCCAUGUUUUGUAUGUCUCUGUCCAUCCAGGCUCCUGACGUUCAAGUUCGCAGGGACGUCACGUCCGCACUUGAACUUGCAGCUCAGGGGGGCUUUUGCCAUUUUUUUCAUCUCUCUCUCUCCUUCUCUCUCUCCCCUCUCUCUCCCUCUCCCUCUCUCUCUCUCUUUUUUUUUUUCCUUGCACAAAAAAAAAAAAGCCAUGACUGCUAUCCCACAAUUCAUCUUCCCUGCGCCAUCUUUGUAUUAUUUCUAAUUUAUUUUGGAUGUCAAAAGACAUUGAUGAAGAUAUUUUCUCUGGAGUCUCCUUCCUCUCUAACCCGUCUCUCCCGAUGUGAACCGAGCGACUCACAAGCCACCGAAGCCACCAACCCACCAUGUCGCGCCGCAAGCAAGGCAAACCCCAGCACUUAAGCAAACGGGAAUUUUCACCCGAACCUCUUGAAGCCAUUCUCACUGAUGACGAACCUGAACAUGGCACAUUGGGAGCUCCGGAAGGGGACCACGACCUCCUCACUUGUGGCCAGUGUCAGAUGAACUUCCCGUUGGGGGACAUUCUUAUUUUUAUUGAGCACAAACGGAAACAAUGCAAUGGCAGUCUCUGCUUAGAGAAGGCUGUGGAUAAGCCACCUUCACCCUCACCAAGUGAGCUGAAAAAAGCAUCCAAUCCUGUGGAGGUUGGCAUCCAGGUUACGCCAGAGGAUGACGAUUGUUUAUCAACGUCAUCUAGAGGAAUUUGCCCUAAACAGGAACAUAUAGCAGGUAAAGACGAGCCCAGCAGCUACACGUGUACGACUUGUAAACAGCCUUUCAACAGCGCCUGGUUCCUCUUGCAGCACGCACAGAACACGCACGGCUUACGGAUCUACCUAGAAAGCGAGCACGGCAGCCCCCUGACGCCACGGGUUGGUAUCCCAACAGGACUAGGUGCAGAGUGCCCUUCCCAGCCACCUCUCCACGGGAUUCACAUUGCAGACAAUAACCCUUUUAACCUGCUCAGAAUACCCGGCUCGGUCUCGAGGGAGGCGUCGGGGCUGGGAGAAGGGCGUUUCCCACCCACGCCGCCCCUCUUUAGCCCUCCCCCGAGGCACCAUUUGGAUCCGCAUCGCAUUGAGCGCCUGGGUGCGGAAGAAAUGGCUCUGGCCACCCAUCACCCUAGUGCCUUUGACAGGGUGCUGCGACUGAACCCCAUGGCGAUGGAGCCCCCCGCUAUGGAUUUCUCCCGGAGGCUGCGGGAGCUGGCCGGCAACACCUCCAGCCCGCCCUUGUCCCCGAGCCGGCCCAGCCCUAUGCAAAGGUUGCUGCAGCCCUUCCAGCCCGGCAGCAAGCCCCCGUUCCUGGCCACGCCGCCCCUUCCUCCUCUGCAGUCCGCUCCUCCUCCCUCCCAGCCGCCCAUGAAGUCCAAGUCCUGCGAGUUCUGUGGGAAGACCUUCAAGUUUCAGAGCAACCUGGUGGUCCACCGCCGGAGCCACACCGGGGAGAAGCCCUACAAGUGCAACCUCUGCGACCACGCCUGCACGCAGGCCAGCAAGCUGAAGCGCCACAUGAAGACCCACAUGCACAAGUCCUCCCCCAUGACGGUGAAGUCGGACGACGGGCUCUCCACCGCCAGCUCCCCUGAGCCGGGCACCAGCGACCUGGUGGGCAGCGCCAGCAGCGCCCUCAAGUCCGUGGUAGCCAAGUUCAAGAGCGAGAACGACCCCAACAUGAUCCCCGAGAAUGGGGAUGAGGAAGAGGAGGAAGAAGAGGAGGAGGAGGAGGAGGAGGAGGAGGAAGAGGAGGAGGACUUGAACGAGAGCGACAGGCCGGACUACGGCUUCGGGAUGAGCCUGGAGGCGGCCCGCCACCACGAGAACAACUCGCGGGCCGGCGAGGAGGGCCGGUCGAUGCCGGACGUCAUGCAGGGCAUGGUCCUGAGCUCCAUGCAGCACUUCAGCGAGGCCUUCCACCAGGUCCUGGGGGAGAAACACAAGCGGGGCCACCUCCCCGAGCCCGAGGCGCACAGGGACACUUGCGACGAAGACUCGGUGGCCGGCGAGUCCGACCGCAUCGACGAGGGGGCGGUCAACGGCCGGGGCUGCUCCCCGGGGGAGUCCGCCUCGGGAGGCCUGUCCAAAAAGCUGCUGCUGGGUAGCCCCAGCUCCCUGAGCCCCUUCUCCAAACGCAUCAAGCUGGAGAAGGAGUUCGACCUGCCGGCCGCCGCCAUGCCCAACACCGAGAACGUUUACUCCCAGUGGCUGGCGGGCUACGCCGCCUCCCGGCAGCUGAAGGACCCCUUCCUCAGCUUCGGCGACUCCCGACAAUCGCCCUUCGCCUCCUCCUCCGAGCACUCCUCGGAGAACGGCAGCCUGCGCUUCUCCACGCCGCCGGGCGAGCUGGACGGAGGGAUCUCAGGCCGCAGCGGCACGGGAAGCGGAGGGAGCACCCCCCAUAUUAGUGGCCCGGGCCCUGGCAGGCCCAGCUCAAAAGAGGGCAGACGCAGCGACACUUGUGAGUACUGUGGGAAGGUCUUCAAGAACUGUAGUAAUCUCACCGUCCACAGACGGAGCCACACGGGCGAGAGGCCGUAUAAGUGUGAGCUUUGCAACUACGCCUGCGCCCAGAGUAGCAAGCUCACCCGGCACAUGAAAACACACGGGCAGGUUCGGCGUACCCCCCCAGCUGGCGCAGCGCCCAGGGAGCCCCGGACGUCUGGCAGUUUUCGGAUGGAAGUUCAAGAGCACUUAAAUUCUGAAAGGAGGUGAAGCUGGGGUGAGCGGCCGGCGGCGACUCGGCGUCCGGAGGUGGCCUCUGUCCUGCUGGCUCGCCGCAUCCCCGGGAGAGCCUGAGAAGUCACCCCGCCGAAGGCAGCGCUCCCCGGGCUCCUCCUGCCUGCAAGACUAUCGUAUUUAUAUUUUGUAAUAGAGUACAACACUUCUUUGGGGUUGGGGUGUUUUUUUUUUUUGUUUGUUUGUUCGUUGAUUUCUUUUUUUAUUUUCUAAAAACAAAAAAAAAAAAGCAAACCCACCCACCAAGGUCAAGGGCUUAUCGAUGGCUUCGACUGGCUCCUUUCCCCGCAAAAAAGACUGUCUUGCUCUCGUGGACAACCCGGCCUGUUGGUUAUCUCCAUGACGUGCCAUUUCUUGGAAGGCGCAUCUGAUGUGACGAAUUAAAAAUAAAACAAAACACAGUGUAGGUCUGUGGGUGGGUGGGAAAUUGCCAUAAUAAAUGUUGGAGCUUUAGGUUUUGUUUGCUCUGUCUUUAAUUUUUAAUGCUAACAAGGGCCAGGCGUCUGGUAUGACUUUGUAUUACCGUAUUGGCUGCAGAAAUCCAAGUGCAGAGUUUACAAAGAGGAAGCCGGGGCUGGUGUCGGUGCGAGGGGCUGCACGGCCCCGGCGGGCAGAUAUUCCCUGCAGAGCUAGACCAGGCACCGGGCUUACGGCCGCGGUACCCCAAGUCGUGGCGAACCCCCGUUGGCCUUUGGUGAUGCUGAAGCCGGGGGGGGGGUUGUUUCCCAGCUCUCCUCCGUCGCCCGCCUCCUCUUGAUGAAUGCUGGCUGUCAUAUUACAUUUUCUGCUGUUCAACUACAUACUUUUGGGGCUGGUGGGAUCCGUAACGUCCCUUAGUGUCCGUCCAAGGAGAAGCGAGGCCAGCCGGUGGGUUUCAGGAGGAGUGGUAGCCUUGCUACGGAGGUGCUGUCAGUACCAGGGGAUGGCAAAGCCCUGGCCCGAGCCGGGGUGCUGGGGGGAGCUGCUAUCAGGUUGGUGUCCCGGUGUCUCCCACCGAGUGCUCCACCCCUUCCUCGGCUUUCCCUCUUGCCAGCGACGCUCGUAAGGAGUUUGCUGGUUCGGGGCCCAAGCGCUUUGCUGAACAGAAGACGGGUUAAGUGCGUGCUUGUGUGCCGUCUCUGAUGGGAUUUAUAGGCUGUAGCUACUCCUGCCUGUGCCGGCGAGCGGGAAUGGACCUUAUUUGGUGAAAGAAACCAGCUGGGUAGCGAGUGGAGUCGCUGGUCGGCCGUGUCAGGCUGCCAGGACACCCGCUGCCAGUCGCAGUGGGACGGAGCCGAGCCGCGGGGCAGGGGCCAGCUGAUUUAUUUGCUUUGUGCAUCAGCUUCAAUCUCACUCCUGGUUUUAUUCAUCUCCUUUCUUAAAACCUGAGCGAGACACCCGGCUGGGGUGACUCUCUCCCGACAGAACGGCCAUAGGGAGAGUGACGUUGUCUUUUUGACGGGUGGUGGUUGCUCUUUUGUUUUUCAAAAACCCAGGCUGUAGUUCUUGUGUGGGCCAGGGCACAGCACAAGCACAGACACUUUUGUACCUUAAAGCUCGGCAAGGGGCUGGAGCACCUCCGCAUACGGCCAUAGGGUCAAGUUGGGAGCCCCGUGGGACCUGGUGCGUGGGCAUGGGUUGACUCAAAAGGACAUUUUGCUGCUUCUUUUAAGGCCAUUUGGUCUUUGAGUUCCAAUCAGUCUGCACGCACCCUGAGCUUUUUUUUUUUUUAUCAUUAGGAGAUGUUUUUAAAGGUUCUUCCUAUCCCAGCCUAUGCUACCACCUCCGUGUCUGCUCAUAAGGGGUUUUUGAGCCUUGGAAAGGUGAAUCUCGUUGCAUUAAGCAUCCUAUUGAUUGCAAACCCACCAUCAGUAAGGAGUUAGCAGCUCCCACUAGCUGCCGGCACCCCAGCUCCUGCCCUGGGGUGUCUCUGUACCAGACAGCUGCAUCAGAUGAGGGCUAACAGAAUUAUUAAUUGCAAAGGAGGUUGCUGUGCUCACUCCUCCAAAUUACAAACCAGGGAUCACCUGGGAUGUAUCUACAGCAGGUCUGCAAUGCUUAUAAUAAAGGGCAGCUGUGAAGCUGCUUUGUAAGGGGUUUUCAGUGUUCUGGCCGGUUCUAGUGGUGCUUUUAUCCUUACUUUGUCUGAGUGCAGGCAAAGCUCAGGGCAUAGAUGGCUUCUGGGGUAGCUGCUCGUGCUUUGGUGCUCUGCUUUCUCCAGCUGUGGCCCAGGUCUCCUCCAGCAGCCAGUGCAAGGCAGGUGUUUCUCCCAGGAAAAGCAGAAAAUAACAAAGCUGUGACAGCUAAAUGAGCUCUACCAAGCACAGAGGGGGGAAAAGUUAUACCUGUCCUUCCCUGAAGUGAUGAAGGUGAAGUGAAAUAGUCCUUAAAAUGUAUAUUUUUUUUAUUACAGGUGUUGCACCCCUCCUCCCAACUAUUAGGACUUUAAAACAGCUGCGGAAUUUGUGUUGCCUUAAAGUUGCAAAUACGUGUCACGGCUGUGCUGGGGGCUCCUCUCCCCUGCUGUGAGGCCUGAUCCUGCUCCCCAGCUCCUGCUCCCCGGCUCCAGGCUCUGCAGCCGCUGGGGCGAAGCGGCAGGGCAGCCCCAGCACCAGGCUCUGGGCGAGCUACAAGGGUUUCCAGCACCUUGUGUGACCUGGGCUGCUGCGAGCUUUGAUUAGGGAUAUUGUUAGGAUCCUUUUUUUGUCUGGCCAGGACUUGGCUGCUGCAGAGCCCUUCGCUGUAUCUGGGUGUGUGGAGGAUCGGCAGCCGUCACGUUAUAGCGGCUUAAUGAGUUUCUGCCAAUUAACAGGAGUCAAGGUUUUCCUGUGAGGGGAGAGCUGGAAACCUCAAAGCUGGACGUUGCUCUGUUUUCGGUGCAAGGGGGCAAUACUCCUAGGGAUUUUGUAUUUUAGCAUGUUCCCCAGGUGCCAGUCUGCACAUCAGAGUUAAAAAAUGAAGUACAUUUGGUCUUUAUGAAAAAACAAAGCUCUGAAAAUCUUGGAGUUUUUAAUAAACAAAAGAAAAACUCUUUCCCAGUCCACAGUGCUGAGGUGAACAAGAUACCUGGGAAUUAGCUAGCUUAGCUUUGAUUUUUUGGGGAUUUAAAAAGCUGCUUUUAAACUUGAAGGCGAUUUGACUGUGCUGUAUUUUAUUUCUAAGCACACUUUCAUGACACUAAAAUGCAGCAAAGGUCAAGUCUUUUGUGAAGCCUAACUUAAAUUUUGCUUUCAAAAAUUAUAUAUAUUUUGAAUUCGUGAUGCGUUUGGGCCAUGGGCUUUUACAAGAUGAGAAAGCUCUCUCCAGAAGCGAUCUGAAAACAGAUCUGAAAACCUGUGACUGAGAUUUCAAGCAGCCCUCCCAAUCACCCCAUCCCCCCCGCCAUGUUUCAUUUCAACCCCAGCUUCGUGUCGGGUCCCACUCAGUGACCCGUGGGACCAGCGGCAGCGUCGGGCUCGGGAGCAUCGUGGUGUUGGCGGCAGCAGCGGGACUGCAAAUUCGGGGGAAGGUGGAGGGAAGCACCAUUCUUCUCGGGCUGCUGGGGGUUAUUUUACCAACUGUGCUGUUUACCUUGUACUUCUGUUUUGCAUCUCACUUUUUCUGUUGCUGGGUGUGUUUGAGCUGUCUGGAUGCUGACGAAACCCGGGGUGAGCCUUUACCUGCAGAUUUUUGGUGGUGAGGUGAAGGACCUGCUAAACAUAGCUGCCUUUCCAGGGCUCCCUGCUCUGGUGCGAUAUUUCACGUGAUCCCACUAUAAAUAAUUCUCCAGGACUGAGCUGAACCACCCCCCAAAUGAGAGUGGUGCCUCAUUUGUUUCUUUUUUAUUCCCUGCUUCCCCCACCCAGUUUUCCCAUUUCAGGCAUGAUUGGGCAUCAUCAUUCAGCUGUAUGUUGUAUCUACUUCAAGUUGAUAAAACCUUGUUGUCCCUCCAUCCCAACACCCCCUGAACCUCCUCUCCCCCCCGAAGUCACUCUCUUAACAUUCAUCUUCUGCAGAGGUCCAAAUAAUCAAUUAUUUGCAAGACGGAUGGAGUGGGGGGAGGACAAACACAACAAAAAAAACCCCAAACCCAAAAUAUGGCCAUUAUUCCUUAAUCUCACUGGAUAGAGUUACACAUCUGGUAGAGGCUUGUUCGUUGUUGCUAUUACUUUUAUUGCGUCUUUAGCAGUGAUGAAGUUCAGAUGGCAGAACCAGUGGGCCCCAAUUUAAUUUCGUCUGGCCUCCUGUAAUGAGCACGAUGUGAUCCCUGGGAAAUGCUGGCUCGGCCGCGGUUCCAGCGGGCAAGCGCUCGAGUGCCGUGGUGACGGGCAGAAGUGGAGUGGACAGACAGCUGGACAGGCAGAACCCCACGGUGAGGGUGGGGGGGUGGGAAAAGGGAGAAAAUCUGGAAAUAGGGAUGAUAACGGGCGGGCGGAGGUGUCUGUGCUGUGUGAGCAUCAAGUACUGCAGUGAGAUGGAUAGAUGGACCGAUAGCUUUUCAUGUCAAAACCCAGAAGCAAGAUCACGAGGUGGAUUUCCACCUUCACUGGUGGCUGGGUUGUGCGCGCCGUGAUGCUUUCCGAGGUCGUUCUAACCCUGAUGGCUCUUCCCUGGUGAUAUCCAUGACCCUCUGGGUUUCCAGUGGCGAUGUAUAGAAGCUCCCACCUCUUCCCCAAUGUCUGCAAAUGCAUGUGUCUAAGGGCUAUACAGGAUUCAUUUACGGGCCUCCCGUUGGUGGGAUAUGUGCAUGCAAAAUGAAGGUUGUAUUUGGCUUCUCAUAUUCAGAUCUAUAUUCCAUAUUGUGUUGACCAAGAAAAACAACUCAGCCCCCGUGCUGAAGAAUGUGAUGGACUGAUGACUUUCAGAAACAUACUGUAAAUCAAGGAGGCUAAUAAAUACUUGCUAUUAAUAAAA